AUGCUGAGAAAAACAUGGCCAGUCUUAGGUGAUGAGAUAGUACACCUCUUCAGGUCAUGCAUCAUAGAGGCCACCUUCCCUCAGAGUUGGAAGUGCGCCAAAUUAGUUGUACUAAAAAAGCAGGGAAAAAAGGAUACCACUAAUCCAAAAUCAUAUAGACCAAUCAGCCUGCUGCCUUCAAUGGCGAAAGCGCUCGAGACGUUAAUCAUCCAAGAUCUCGAAAAUGAAACGGACCUAAACAGUUAUAACCAGCAACAUGGAUUCGUGCCCGGUAGUUCGACCAUCACGGCCAUAAAGUCCUUAUACGACUGGGUUAAAGGCAGUAACGGCAGGCAUGUGUUCGGGGUGUUUCUGGACAUCACCGGGGCCUUCGACAACGUCGGCUGGUGCCCGCUGUUGUCCAGACUCGAUGCACUUGGCGCCUCACUAAGGACAACUAGACUGAUCCAGAACUACCUGGGAAACAGAUCAGCUAGCCUCGAGAUCGAGGGAAAACGUUAUACAAGAACUAUUGAGCGCGGCUGCCCGCAGGGGUCUCAGCUGGGCCCAACGUUGUGGAAAGUUGCUAUGACAGACAUAAGUAAUAUACGAUUGGAAGGCACAGCCAACAUAGUGCUGUAUGCAGAUGAUAUUGCCCUUACGGUGGCAGCGGCGAGACCCCACACAGCACAUAGCCGAAUCGAAAAAUACCUUGACAGCCUUAAAGCGUGGGCAAAGGCGUAUGAGUUGGAGUUUUCACCGGCCAAGAGUCAAAUAAUCAGCCUAAAGGGAGGACUGAAGCCAGGCUAUACAGUCGGUUUUGGAUCGGGCGAAAAUGACCCAAGGAUCGUGGCCGAAGCGACGGCAAAGUAUCUGGGUGUCAUUUUGGAUCCCAGGGAAAGCUACUGGGACCAUGUAUCGUCCCUUAAAAAUAAGUCAGAAGACAUGUACAAAAGACUCAGACGAAUGACGUCAGCAAAUUGGGGCAUGGGCCGAGCGACUGCAAAGGUUAUUUACGAAGCCGUCUUCCUCCCGCGUAUUACGUACGCGGCUGAAAUUUGGGCCGAGGGUGGAUGCACCCUGAAGAAAGGAAUCAAAGUCCUGGGUAGCAUGCAAAGGGAGCCGCUCAAAGCAAUAACGAGCAGUUAUAACACCGCGUCAACCAACUGCCUUUCGGCAGUGGCAGGAGUUCUCCCGCUAGACCUCGAGGUCAGGAGGGUAGCGCAGAAAUGCAAGAUGCGAGCCGGAGAAAUAACAAACGAACAAUAUGAACAAGGGCUCAGGUCGCUCACAGAGGAGUGGCAAGCCAGAUAUGAAGCCGUGGACAAGGGUGAAUGGACCAAGUUCAUGAUCCCGGACGUGGCAGCACGGUGUGGACUGCCACUGGAGUUAGACCACUACACAACCCAGUUUUUGACCGGACAUGGAGACUUCCGCAGCAAGCUCUACAGUUUUAAGCUCCAGAACAAUCCCAACUGUGCCUGUGGAAACGGGGCAGAGACAGUAAGGCAUGUGCUCAUGACAUGUACAAGGACACAAAGGUUCCGCGAAGAGCUCAUGACAACUUUGAGAAGUGAAGGGGUGGACUGGCCCCCGGAAAAAGGCGCCUUCCUCAGUACCAGGAAAACGUUUAAGGCACUCAAAAAGUUUAGCAAAAACAGUCUGCAGAAUAGAACGGAUAGGUAG